GGGCUGCGCGCUCCCGUAUAGGACCAUGCUGCCCGGUUACAGCGCGGCGCGCGCCUAGAUACCGCACGCUAGUUUAAGGGCGGAUCGGGUUUUUCUUUUACACAGUCUCAAUGGAAUUACGCGUUUGACCGGGAUUGUUCAGUUCAUCCAGGGUUUUGUUGCACGCAGACAACAGCCGGCGUCCGGACUCAUUUAUUUCUCAGCCGAAUUAUCUCCGCUGGAAUGACCGCGAGCGUUUUCACGCGCGUUUGAACGCGACGAGCCACGCGGAAUAAACGCCGGGCGCAGCGCCCGCUGCUUUUGUGUUGAUGUAAAUGAUGCUGUCGGCGCGCGCCGUGCGCCCGGUAAACGCGAAGCAGGGAGAGCGGUGUGUCCGCACGGGCUGAUGACAAUAGCGAUCAAAGCGGACGACAGAAAAAAAGAAAAAAGAAAGAACGUUUGAGAAGUCGGUUACCGGGAAGGAAAAUGUCUCUCAGCAGGAGCAUCGAGCUCGAGCACUUUGAUGAGCGGGACAAGGCGCGGCGCUCCAAGCGCGCGGCGGGUUCGGGCUCGCAGCAGGGCUCCCGGGCGAGCAGUCUGGUACCGAGUCCCGCGCACAGCGCCAACUGCAGCUUCUACCGGACGCGCACGCUCCAGGCGCUCAGCUCCGAGAAGCGAGCCAAGAAGGUCCGGUUCUACCGGAACGGCGACCGGUACUUCAAGGGUCUGGUGUACGCCGUGUCCGUAGACCGCUUCAGGUCCCUGGACGCGCUGCUGGCCGAACUGACGCGCGCGCUCGCCGACAACCUGCACCUGCCGCAAGGUGUGCGUACCAUCUACAGCGUGGACGGCGCGAGGAAGAUCGCGAGCCUCGAGGAAAUCGUGGAAGGUCAGACACUCGCGGAAAUAUCUGCUUUUACUGAUGGUGGUGUUAGUUCUGUCUGCGCCUCCAACGAACCCUACAGGAAGGUGGAGUACACCAAGAACGUCAACCCCAACUGGGGCUCGCGGCUGGCGGGGGCGGGGCCUGUCCUGGGGGCGGGGCCGGUGGGCGGAGCCGGGCGUCAGGGGCCUCAGUCGAGGGAGCCGAAAGACUUCAUCAAACCCAAACUGGUGACGGUGAUCCGGAGCGGCGUGAAGCCCAGGAAGGCCGUGAGGAUCCUGCUGAAUAAGAAGACGGCGCACUCCUUUGAGCAGGUGCUCGCAGACAUCACCGAAGCCAUCAAACUGGACUCCGGCGUCGUGAAGAGACUCUACACGCUGGACGGAAAACAGUUGUCGAGUCUGCAGGAUUUCUUCGGUGAUGACGAUGUUUUCAUCGCGUGCGGUUUGGAGAAGUUUCGUUACGCGCAGGACGACGCCGCCAUCGGACACGCGGGGAAGGGAGCCGCGGCUGCGUUCGUUAACGAGUGUAAGAAAUCACGACCGUCAGUCCCUCCCAAGACAACUGCAUACAAAAGCUCCGGCGUCCCACGCUCCAAAUCACCCGUCUCUGCCAAUGAGGCUCCGAGGAGCGACUCUCCCCCGAUGAUGUCAUCGCAGUCGCCCUGCAGCCCCGGGACUCAACGCAGCCGGAAGACGUCCGUUCAUGAAGCGUCUGCGUCCCCGACGCCCUCCAGAGACCUCAACGAUGAAGAAGACCUCAGUCCUGAAGUGAACGGAAAUGAAGUUCAGUCAUCUGUCAUCGCUGAAAAGUAUAAAGUGGGGAAGGUGAUCGGCGAUGGAAACUUCGCUGUGGUCAGAGAGUGUGUGGAGAGGUCUACAGGACAGGAAUACGCACUGAAGAUCAUUGACAAGGCCAAGUGCAGCGGCAAGGAGCACCUGAUAGCCAAUGAGGUGGCGAUACUGCGAAGGGUUCAUCACCCCAGCAUCAUUAUGCUAAUAGAGGAGCUGGACACGCCCACUGAACUGUACCUGGUGAUGGAGUCAUAUACAACACGGAGCGGGACGCCCAGCGCCACCACACCCACUGUGUGUGAGUAUCCUGACGGCACCAAGUCUCUGAAGCUGGGUGAUUUUGGGCUGGCCACGGUGGUGGAGGGACCGCUGUACACCGUCUGUGGGACGCCGACGUACGUCGCCCCGGAGAUCAUCGCAGAGAGCGGGUACGGGCUGAAGGUGGACAUCUGGGCUGCGGGUGUGAUCACAUACAUCCUGCUGUGCGGCUUUCCUCCGUUCCGCAGCGAGAAGAACCUGCAGGAGGAGCUGUUCGAGCAGAUCUUACUGGGCAGACUGGAGUUCCCCUCGCCGUACUGGGACAACAUCAGCCUCUCUGCUAAGGAUUUAAUUGGUAAGAUGUUGCAAGUGAAUGUUGGUGUUCGUUACACGGCUGACGAGGUGCUGGAACACCCCUGGGUGCAGGACGAUGCUGUGAUGGACACCAACAUGGCGUGUGAGAUCGAAGAUGGUGUUGAAUCAGAAAACACACACAACAGCGCAGCAGCAGAGGCUGAGAUGACAGCUUGCAGUAGUCUGAUGAAUCUCUCCGGAGGCGCAGAAGAAGAGGAACCCUGAUGAUGACCACAAACCUCAACACCGAGACCAGACCAGACCGGACCGGACCGGACCACCUUCUCUCUUCAUCUUCCAUCCUGCUAUUAGUGGUGUUUGUGAAGUCAGCAAUCGAUUUUACUUAGCUCUCAUAUUUCAGUGUUAGCCACAUGCUGAAACCUCUAGCACUAAGUAUUACAUCCCAUAGACACUCAGAACACCUUAGCAACUGCAUAGCAACACCAUAACAACCCCCGCAGCAUCGACGCAGUUUGUUUACAUGCACUCAUUGUCUUCAAUCUGAAUGAAUCCAAUCCGAUGUCGGAUCCUGAAAGUUGUUUAUAUGAACGGUAAACUUCACAUUCAUUUACAUGUAAAUUUACGUGUUCCGAACAAAAGACAGCUCUUUCAUAACUGGAAAAGGCCACUGCGAUAAUGUCUCCAGAGCUAUCGUGAGUCGUUUUGGCCUAGAUGACACCUAAAAGGAAAACUGAAAAAUAUGUCAGAAGAGCUUUUUUUUUUUUUUUUUAGCAAAUAUUUAGUAAAUAUGUAUUCUCCUCCACUGACCAGCUAACAAAAAUAUGUUCUAAGAAAGUUAUAACAUUUUCAUAACGUUAUUAUAACUUUCUUAGAACAUAUAUUUGUUAGCUGGUCAGUGGAGGAGAAUGAAUACAUCCAACUAAAAUGUUUCAUAAAUAAAGAACGUUUUCCGAAUGUUUCCAUAAAAGGUUUACUGAACAUUCUAAACAUCCAGUUUGUUAAUGUUUAGAAAUGCUUUGGCAAUGUUACUUUUGAAUGUUCUCUGAACAUUCUAAAAUUAGUAACAUUUAAAAAACUUGAGAUAAAUGUCCAACUAAAGCGUUUCUGGAGCGGAGUAUGAAUAAUGUUUUUGUGUUAACGUUUUGAUAACGUUCAUGAAGACCAGAGAACUUUGAGCAAACAUUAUAUUAGCGUUACUGGAAGAAUGUUCGUGAGCUUGAGAGAACGCCCCCUGUUGGCUGGGAUUAUUAGUUCGUAGGACGAAAAUACGACCCAGAAAGCACACGUACGUCUGCAAGAUGUCUGUUAAAGAGCUCUUGAUCUGCAAAGCAUCUUUCUUGAUCAUGACAGACGUCUUUCAGGUACAUGAAGGCUUUUCAGUCAUUUGAGUGCAUGUGAACCUGUUCUUCAGAUCAUGUUAGAAUCUAGUCCUUCGUGUUCGUUACUCCAGUUCUGGUCUGUGUUUGUACGCAGGGCUUCAACUAAACCAGCGACCUCGACUUUUACUGCACUGUGUCCUCCUCUUGCCCCCUUUCUUUCUGUACAUAUGUGUCAGUGUUGGUGUCUGGUCAGAUGCAUCAUUAGAGUCUCAUUUCAGACAUUUGCAUCUUUAUACCUGAACUGAAUGAGAACAAGACGUUUGAAUUGUGUUGCCAGAUGUUUCUUUACGUCUGAUUUGUGUGACCAAAUGUGUUACGAGUCUGAUGUAGUGUUAUGACUUUGCUUUACACCAAAACUUCAGUCUUUACUGAAUGAGGACGAGUGGGAGUGUGUGUGUGUGUGUGUGUUUAUCCCCAUGAAAUGCCUAUUAACUUUUGUACGGUGUCUGUUCGGGACCUCAAGCUCCUCGUAAUUAGGCCUAUUCUAAUUAUGGAUUUAUUUCAUGUUUUGUUUUGUAUUGCAACAAUACAUCAUGAGUAGCUGAUGAACCCUGA